GCCCGGCGACGCCAGAGCAUAAACAAAGGGUGGCCUAUCUAAACAGGGCGAUAGGGCUCGGACCGUGCCCGACCAGACGGACCGCGGGCGACUGUCCUAUACCCCUGACCGUGGUGGGACGGGGCCAGGAGGCGGCGCUGGCUGGCCGUGCGACUGGCUCCUGGGAGGCGUCGCUCCGUGCCUGUGCCGCGGACCGCCGCCAGUCGCCGACAGAUCGUCGCGCCGCCGCCAGUGGCCGCCGGGUACCGCCGCCGGCAGACCGUCCGUCCGACCUGACCGGUGUACCGGGCGCGGCGAGCGGUGGCCGCGCGGCACACACAGUGAGGAGGCGGCGCAGCGGCCGGUGUGACCCGUCCGCCGACCGACGGACACGGCUCGGUCCAGAGCAGUGACGAACGGGACUGAAGGAGCUCACAGUGACUCAGAGCUGAACAGCCGGUGAACGGAGGACGGCGGAACUGCCGGUGACGGAGGGGCGGGCCGCUGUAACCGGCCGGAGCGGGAGGGAGCCAGGAGCGGAGCAGCCGGAGCGGGAGGGAGCCAGGAGCGGAGCAGCCGGAGCCUGUGAGAGCGAGCUGAACUGACUGGAGACCGAGCCCAGGGCGCCAUCGGGCCACCUAACCAGACCGGAGACAUGAUCACCAUGGCAGAUGUGAACCAGAUGGACUUCGAGCAGUUCAUCGAGAGGUUCGGUAACGUCGUGGAGCACUGCCCGCUGGCGGCCGGCGCCAUCUGGGCCAGCCGACCCUUCUCUGACGUCAACGACAUCCACGAGUGUGUCAGCACCUUCCUCGACUCGCUGCCCUACCACGGUCGUCAGGCGGUGCUGCGGGUGCACCCCGACCUGGCCGGCCGGGUGGCUCAGCAGGGCACGCUGACGUCAGAAUCAGCCGGGGAGCAGCGCAGUGCCGGGCUGACUGAGCUGACCGAGGAGGAGCGACAACAGCUCACCGACCAGAACCACAGGUACAAGGCCAAGUUCGGCUUUCCGUUCGUCGUGUGCGCGCGCCAGAACAAGAAGGCGGCCAUCCUGAGCGGGCUCGAGGAGCGGCUGCGAAAUGACGAGGACGAGGAACUGCGCACCGGCCUGGAGGAGGUCAAAAAGAUCACCUACCUCCGGCUGCUGGACAUCGUCGGCCCGGCCGAGGGCCAGCCGGAGACGGCGGAGCGGGAGGACUGAGCAGAGCCGGCAGCUGCGGCCCGACCGGCGCCGAGACCCGGCUGUAGCCGCCAGAACCGACCGGGGCCGACACAGAGGAGGGACCCUGGCGUUCGAGGGCGUCACCCCGACAGCGAAUUACCCGACGAGUCCAGUCUACGCGCUAGCUCAGUCGUCUCCUCUGCCGCGCAGCCUGCCCCGUUAGCCGCCUACCCCUCUGCGAGUCACUCGUCUUACUGUGCGUCCAGUGCAUCGUCUCCCUUCCGCUUCUCAGUAACAUUAGCGCUGUCCUCAUCUGUGACAUUUGCUCCGGAGGAGCCAGGGUUGAAGGUUUCCCAGGGAGAAGGUGACUGUUUCCCGGCCGUUCCCCGGCAACCUCUCCCGUUCCCAGUUGCUCAGCAAAACCCCCGUUCCCGCCAUUCUUAAACCCCUCUUCUUACUGUCGUUCCUCAGAAAAAAAAACAAUCUCCCAACUGUUCAUCAGUAGCUUCUCCCGUUUCCCAGCCUCGCUCCCUGCCUCUCCCGUUUCCCGGCCUCGCCCCCUGCCUCUCCCGUUUCCCCGGCCUCCCCGCCGCACCAACCACCCCAGGCCUGACCGUGGCGGCUGACCUGGCCGUUAUUGCAUCUGGUCUCGGUCGGCGACGAGUGGCCGCAACUAUGAGGGGCAGGGUGUCACGGGACCGGCCAGUAAACACUCAGUUCCCCAGCGGCCGUCAGCAGGCGGGGGCGGUGCUCUGCAUAAUGCCUCCACUCGGCGACAGAUAACCCGGGCAGCGGAACCCAACUAAACCCCGGAAAAUACAUGGUGUUUUGACAAUGC